AGUUACCGCGCCCCUAGUAACCGCCCGCCCCAAGCAAGGAGCCGCCGGGUCGCCUGAGGCCGCGCCAGCUUCCCCUCCCCGGGCCAGCGCGGGCGCUCAGGCCUGGGCGGCGAGGUGAUGGCCGCCUCGCACCGACCGGGAAAGCUGCUGGCCUCAAGUUUCCAAACCCCGGAACGCGGGGUAAAUCGCAACACCGGAGCGCGGGUCGCCCAAUACGAACGCCAAGACCCCUCAGAGGCCCUGGCGGCGGCGGCGGCGGCCUUGGAGGAGGAGGGAGAGGAAGAGGAAGAGGAGGAAGAGGCGGUGCGGCCGGCGCGGGCGCCGGCUGAUUUUAGCACCAACGUUUCUGGGGUGGAUGAGCAAGCACGUGUAAGCUGUGAGGACUUUGUGGACUUUUCUGAUAUUUUCCACUCUAAUGAAGAAUAUUUCAGGAAACUAGAAGAGCUGAAGGCUGCCCACAUGGAAACUAUGGCAAAGUUAGAGAAAAUGUACCAGAAUAAAUUAAAUUUAAAGGAGCUUCAGCCAAUGAUCAUCAGAGAAGAAGAUUCUAGUGUCUCUUCCGGGUCUGUAUCAGAAGAGAACUAUCAUCCUGUCUCAUUAAUGACAUCGCCUUCAGAGCCCGAUUUAGGUCAGUCUUCCUCCGUGGUUAUGUCUUCCUCUGAAGACGAGUUGCCCAACUUAGAAAAAGAGUAUCCUAAGAAAAACAGAAUGAUGACCUAUGCUAAGGAGCUCAUCAACAACAUGUGGACAGACUUUUCUGUUGAAGAUUAUAUUCAGUGUAAAGAUGCUGACUUCCCAGCAGUUGAAAAAGCAAAGAAGAAACCAAAAGAAUGGGUGCCAAAGAUUACAGUACCUGAGCCUUUUCAAAUGAUGGUUAGAGAGCAGAAGAAAAAAGAAGAGAACAUGAAAUCUAGAUCAGAUAUUGAAAUGGUAGACAAACUGCUCAAAAAACAAGAAGAUGAUUCAGAGUGUAAGAAAAAAUUCCGAGCUAAUCCAGUUCCCGAAUUCGUCUUUUCUCCCCUUUACUGCGAUAUAGUCAAGCAAAAUGAAGAACGGAGGAGGUCUAUGAAGGAGAAGAACAAAGAAGCUCUUUUGGCGUCACAAAAGCCAUUUAAGUUUAUGGCAAGAGAGGAACAGAAGCAAGCAAUUCGGGAAAAGCAGCUGAGAGACUUUGUUAAGUCUAAAAAGAAAACAAAUCGAUUUAAAGCCAGACCAAUACCUCGAUCUACUUAUGGUUCAACUACCAACGACAAGUUAAAGGAAGGAGAGCUCUGUAGAAACAUUAGGAUGCAGCUGAGAGCCCAAGAGCUUUUACAGAAUUCAUCCACUCUGCCUCGUAGGCCAGCUGGUAGAAGUUUUGCUACAAGGAAGCCCAAGUAUCCUGAACAGCCUGAAAAGUUGAAGUGUAAAUGCAAGUUGAGGUGCCAGACUGCUGAUUUGGAAAACCUUCCUGAGAGAUACCUCUCACAACAGAAGUAUCCAAAACUCCUAACAGCCUCUAAACCAUCUGAUCUUCAAGCAGCCAGCUCACAUGCAUCCACUAAAAGAGAGAAAAUUUUGGCAGACAUUGAAGCAGAUGAAGAAAAUUUAAAAGAAACGCGUUGGCCUUAUCUGUCUCCAAGGCGCAAGUUACCAGUAAGAAAUGCAAGUGCAAGGCCUGUGCCUUGUAACGGCAGCCCUGCGGUGCCCACAGUGUCUUCCAGAGGAAGAGAACAAGCCACAAGGAGAUCACUUGAGGAAAAGAAAAUGUUGGAAGAAGAGAGAAAUCGGAUCCUAACUAAGCAGAAGCAAAGAAUGAAAGAAUUGCAGAAACUCCUGACGACUCGAGCUAAGGCUUAUGACUCACAUCAAAGUUUAGCUCAAAUGUCUAAAUCCAGAGUAAAAUCUCUCAGAAAGAGUGAAAAGGAAAGGAUGAGAGAAUACCGACGAGAACUAGAAGAAAGAGAAGAAAAAUUAAAAAACAGGCCACUACUCUUUGAAAGAGUUGCUCAGAAAAAUGCAAGAAUGGCAGCAGAAAAGCAAUACUCUAACACCCUAAAAGCACUAGGAAUAUCUGAUGAGUUUGUUUCAAAGAAAGGCCAAAGUGGAAAAAUAUUUGAGUUCCUCACCGAUCAAGAGAUGAAAAGUUUCACUGAAGAAAAAGAAAGCUUUAAUGGAGAAGAAAAACUAGAAGAAAGAAAGAAUGAGGAAGAAAAUUAUUUUAUUGAUACCAACAGCCAGGAUUCUUGCAAGGAAAAAGAUGAAGCUGAUGAAGAGAGUGGAGAAGAAAAAUCUGUUGAUGAAUAAAACAGAAUCAGCAGGGCCUCCUCUCUGUGCCACGCUGGUGUUUGCAGCCUCGGGUGUCAGCAGCCGCGCAUGUGGUGUUAAGAAUGUCGCUGGGAACCCCUCCCAUAUGUGCAGGGCACUGAAGCAAAAUCCUCCAUCGCCUGAAAGGGCCGAAUCCAGCUCAUUGGUCAUUUGGUCAGUUAGAGUAGGCUUUGCCUAUUCAGCGUUUUUAAUUGCUGCAUAUUGUCUGUUUGCAACUUUGAUCUUACUUGUAUUUUUAAAAAGCGUUUUUGAAUCACAGCUGUCACAAACUGAUUAAUUAUAAAAAUAUACAUUACUUCAUUAUUUUUGGUGGAAAAAAAUGGCUUAGCAUUGAGGGCAGAGAGAGGUAUUGGCCUUUUGUGAUUUGUUUGAAAAAAUUUCUCUGGAAAGCAGGAAUCAAUAAAUAUUUUAAAAUUAGACUAUUUGCCUAUUCUUUUUCUCUGCAGUGUAUCCCACAAAAUGAACCCUCAAACGUGUUUUACUAGGCAUUGUAAGUUUCUUAUCUGAGCCAUUUAAAAAAACUAUUAAAACAUAGAAAAAAAUAGAUACUUGCAAAUUUACAUUCAUUUCUGCACUGAGAAUUUACUAUUAAAUUAUCCAUAUCAUCAUCACUUUUUCUCUUUACCUCUAGUUUUAUUCCAAAUUAUUUUUGGUGUGUAAAUUAUUAGAAAAAUUUUUAUACUAGUUUUUUUAACCCUGUGUGUUAUGACAGAUGGAAAUAAUUAUUAUAAUUGGAGGCAAAUAUCAACCUUGUUUUAUAUAUGAUGAAAUUGUGCAUACCAACUUGUCCAAGGCAAGUCUCCAAAGUAAUUCAGAUUUAAUACUAGAGCCAGUUGUGCUCAACUUUUUACAUAUUAUUGCAGACACACGUUGUCUUUCUGUGCAUGAUAAUUUGAUUUUAUGAAUCUAUCAUUUUUCUCUUUAAGCAAAUUUUUGUUUUAAAAUUUCAACCAGUCAUAAAGAUGUGAUAGGGUAGGACAUUUUCUUUUCUAAAAACAAUCCCUCCUUUAGCGAGGAUGAACUAAUAAAGGUGUGUAUAGUAGCAAUGUUUCCUGACUGGCAAUUUGUACUUUAAAUCAAGAAAUAAAGUGAUUUUUCUCAGUCAAAAGCAAAUGUUUACUUGUAAUUCUUUUCCUACAGUUUGUGUUAAACUAUUUGUCACUAUUGUUAGAUUUGUAAACUCCUUGAGAGUUGACACCAUUUUAAAAUUCAUCUUUGUAUUCCUUUAAUAUUUUGCACAGGAUUGUACUUAAUAAAGGCUUGGAUGAGUAACUAGA